CUACAAAGAAAAUGAAGAAUCUGCAAUAAAUCGCAAAAUCCUUACCUCUAAUUUCACAAACUCUUCAAUUUUCCCGCCAUCGCCAAUCAUAAAUUUCAAUGUCGACUCUCCCAAUUCAUAACACCACCACCAUCAUUACUUCUUCAAUCAUCAAUGCCACUCCCCGAAUCUUCACAAUUCCCAUCCAUUUCCGCUUCUCACCAUCCACCAACUCAAAACGACUCCGUUUCCCCUUCCGUACAGCUCCUAAAAUCCACUCGUCUCAUUCCAAUCCCCAAGAAGACGGAGAAAUUGUAGAAACCCUACGCGUCCCUGACCACUGGUUACUCCCUCCCACCGCACUCCAGGAAUCGGAGUGGCUUAGGGUUACGCUGCACAAAUGGCUGGACGAUGAGUAUUGUCCGGAGGAAACUAAUGUAGAAAUUAGUAAUGUUGCUGCUAUGUCAUAUUAUGAGUCGUUGGUAAUGAAGCGAACCGAGCUAGGUGAGAUAUUGUUGUUGAUGGCUAGGGAUUUGGAAUCUAUUUCUUAUCAAGAAAGUUUUCAUGGCGCCUUCUCGUCCGCUAAUGCGGCUAUUUACUUGAUCUCUCAACGAAUUGAGCUUCUUCAAGGAGAAGCAAGUGAUUGUCUAAGUUGUGUUCUGAAAAUGGAGACAGGGAAUCAAGAAAAUAAAAUUUAGUACUGUUUCCGUUCAUUGGGUUCAAAUUACAUCUGAUCCGGCGCUGGAAAUCCUAGACUCUUGCAUACCGUAAACCCUCCAUCUACGACUAAAUUAUGCCCAUUAACAUACUUAGCAUCAUCAGAUACAAGAUACAAAGCAGCAUUAGCUAUGUCUACCGGCUCGCAGUUUUUCCCCUUUAGUAUACCAGUAUUAUGCAGCAUUUCCACUAGCUUUUGAGCAUCAACUCCUGGAUAGUAUUGAGCCAUUUCUUGCAUGACAAAGGCAGUCGGAAUUACAAAUGGCGAUACACAAUUGACUCUGAUACCGUACUGACACAGUUGUGAUGUUACAGACCUAACAAUUCCUAUAACAGCAGCCUUAGACACAGAAUAUGUGGGUUGAGCUGAUCCGCCGAUAACUCCUGUGAUGCUAGCAGUACACAGAAUGGAGCCGGUUCUUCGAGGAAUCAUCACACGCGCUGCGUGCUUAAUCCCUGCGAUUACUCCUCGCACAUUUAUGUUCAUCACUCUAUCAAAUGCUGCUAGAUCAAGGUCCACAAUACUGGGAGGAGUGUGACAGGCCACUCCUGCAUUGUUGAACAUGAUGUCUAGUUGGUUGAAUUCAGAAACGGAAAAAUCUACGGCGUUGGAUAUAUCAGAUUCUUUAGUGACGUCGCAGGCUAUGAACGCUGCAUUGGGUCCGAGUUCUUUUGCAGUGUCUUGACCGAGUUGGUGUUGAAUAUCAGCAAUAAUAACUUUUGCACCGUUGUUGAUGAAUUUGGUAGCAGUUGCCUUUCCGAUGCCGCUAGCUCCCCCUGUGAUCAGUGCCACCUUGCCCUCUAGCUUGCUAUGCGACACCAUAACAGAACUUUUUAGCAUCAAAUGUAUUUAUUUGUUUAACCAUCUUCAAUGUUAUUGGUCAGGCUACUAUCAGUGUUAAAAUUAAAACUUAGGCA